AUGGCGACGUCUCUCUAUUUCACUGCCAAGGACGUCCUCGUUAUCUUGUCCCUUGCAUGGAAUUUGUAUGGCCUCAAGUGGGAUACCUGGCGUUCCGCCGGUGAUUUGGAGGGUCUGUUCUACCCCGAGUAUGACCCCGACGUCGAGACAAACACGCUAGAGGCUAACGGGCGGAUGUAUACCACCAAGGGCCUGUUCACAUAUCUCCAGGAGGGAGAUGUACUUGAAGCCUUCAGAUCCGCGUUUGAGCAAGGGCAUCGCAUGUGGAUGCUGACCCCGGACCUGGUCUCGGAGGUCGGACGCACAACCAAAUGGAGCACCCGCAUGGGCCUCCAGGUCGUGCGGGCGAUCUACGAGAUGAUCGGCCUACGCUUCUUGUCUACUACACGGAUCAUCAAGGAGGACGGCGGAGUUUACUAUAGUCACCAAGCCGAUGUGCGACUUCUUGAUCCGUGA